UGCCUCUCCCCAGAGUGAGGUGGUGACCAUGCUGGGAAAUGACAUCUCACACCUCGCUCAGCUGCACCGGACUCCCAGGACGUAACAGCCCCCAGACGGCUCAGAAAACCCGAUACGCCAGGAGUCCACCCACUGACGUUGGUCUUGGGGACCUCGGGUGACUUUCCUUCGGGGCUUGGGCUCCAUCGGCACCGGUCCCGACUCGCCUGGCCAUCUUAGACGUCAGGGACAGCAGCAGCCCCCCCGGGCAGCCUUCGUGACAGCAGCAGCAGCAGGGGAGGACUGGUCUGUCCCUGAUUGCAGGUCUCUUGGGAGCAGUAAAUGAUGGAAGCGCUUGUCCCACAGCCGCCCACCCCGAAAGAAUAUGAGCCAGCAGAACCAGAGCAAGAACUGCUCCUUUGAUGAUGUGGAAGAGCUGAUGAAAACCGUGCAGUUGGUUGUCCACAUCCCUACCUUCCUCCUUGGUCUGGUCCUCAAUGUGCUCGCCAUCCGAGGCUUUAGCUCCUUCCUGAAGAAGAGGUGGCCUUGCUACACUGCCACCUCCAUCUACAUGAUCAACCUGGCGGUCUUUGACCUCCUGCUGGUGCUCUCCCUCCCAUUCAAGAUGGUUCUGUCCCAAACGACGGAUCCCUUCCUGCCCUUCUGUACGCUGGUGGAGUGCCUCUACUUCAUCAGCAUGUACGGGAGCAUCUUCACCAUCUGCUUCAUCAGCCUGGACAGAUUCUUGGCCAUCCAGUACCCAAUCCUGGUCAGCCACAUCCGGUCCCCCAGGAAGAUCUUCGGGAUCUGCUGUAUCAUCUGGGUGCUGGUGUGGGUCGGAAGCACUCCUGUCUAUAGCUUCCAUAGCAAUGGGAAAAAUUACACGUGCUUCCAUAACAUGUCCGAUAGCACCUGGAGUGCCAAGGUCCUCUUCCCUUUGGAGGUCUUCGGCUUCCUUCUUCCCAUGAGCAUCGUUGGUUUCUGCUCCUCCAGGAGUAUUCACAUUCUGGUUGCCCGUCGGGACCACACCCGGGACUGGGUCCAGCAGAAGGCCUGCAUCUGGACUAUUGCAGUCAGCCUGGCUGUCUUUGUGGUCUCCUUUCUCCCUGUCCACCUGAGUUUCUUCUUGCAGUUCCUGGUGAGGAAUGGCUUCAUCGUGGAGUGCAGAACCAAGCAGAAUAUUAUCUUGUUCCUGCAGUUGUCCAUGUAUUUCUCCAAUUUCAAUUGCUGCCUGGAUGUUUUCUGCUACUACUUUGUCAUCAAAGAAUUUCGCAUGGACGUCAUGGCCCACCGGCGUUCCAGAACCCAGCUAGUCCACCAGGACACCAUGACCACCAUGGCUAUGGCUAAAAGUCAUGGAAAAAAGUCAUGCCUGGAGGAAGGAAACCUCAACCUGAAUUCCAUAGUGGAUAUCCCUUCCCAGGGCUCUGAUGUGGUGGGCUGACAAGUGGCGCAUUUACUGGUGUGCCUUCCCUCUGAUGCUCACUUGAAUGCCGUUUUUGCUCACUGUGGCCCCAAAACCUUUCCCCAGAACCCAGACAACUUGACAUAAGCCACUCAGUGUCAAUAUCUGGGGAGCUCUGAAGAACCCAGGUGAAUUCUUGAUUUCUCACUCUCCAAAGCAGGAGGCCUUUGACUAUGUGGAUCACAAUAAACUGUGAUAAAUUCUAAAAGAGAUGGGAAUACCAGACCACCUUACUCGCCUCCUGAGAAACCUGUGUGCAGGUCAAGAAGCAACAGUUAG